AGAGAGAGAGAGACCAACUCGCGGAGACUCUGAACGCACCGCACAUUGUCGGCUCGCGGGAGGACCGUUCCGCACGUGCGGGAGAGCUGCUCGUUUCACCCGUGGAUACUAUUACACAGCUGCCGUCGUCUCCAAACCCCGUCCGUGGGAUACUCUGGCUACAUCAUCUCAGUUUUACAGUUGUAUUACUUCCUUUUGUAUCACUCCUUUUUUUUCUUUCCCACAUUUCGCCCCCUCGCCUCAUCUUUGAGCAUCCUCCCCUUCUCGCAAGUCUUCCUGCCUGCCUGGCUAACUUUUCCACCCGACUCCAUCCCACACAACCUCCUCCAUCGCUCACCAACCCUAGGCAGUCCCUCCACCCCCACCCCUCCACCCCCAGUCCUCCUCUUAUUGCAGCAGCCUUCCCUGGAUCGGGCGGAACCCAUUUGGUCAGUCUACACGGGGCACUGCUACAUGGGGCGCACGGUCUCGCUCGGAAAAUGGUCUGCUGUCGGUCUCUAGGCGCCCCGUUGAACCUGCCGGGAUUGGAGUUGUCGGUGCGCGUCUGCGUCUCUUUCCCUCCUCGCCUGUGCUGCCGGGGCCAGUGAGAUAUGGGUCUCUCUGUGGCGGCGCAGGCACCGCUCGACGAACCCCGACGGCUGCGUCAGUGGAGCGGGACGGCGGGAGGCUGGCUCAGGAUCACCCUCGUCUCGUUUCUCGCCACUUUACCUGUGGAGCAGCUGCGCGCCUUCCCCUCCUCCCUCAGCGACUGCCAGACGCCGACCGGCUGGAACUGCUCCGGUUUUGAUGACCGGGACACAGACCUGUUCUUGUGCGACACCAACACAUGCAAGUUUGAUGGGGAGUGUCUAAGAAUUGGGAACAUGGUGACAUGCAUUUGUGACUUCAAGUGCAACAAUGACUAUGCCCCAGUGUGCGGCUCCAACAAUCAGAACUACCAGAACGAGUGUUUCCUGCGCAGGGAUGCCUGCAAGCAGCAGUCUGAAGUACUUAUUACGUCAGAAGGCGCCUGUCCUGCUGAUGCCGGCUCAGGAUCAGGAGACGAUGAUGGAGAGGGCUCAGCCGAGGCAGGGCAGAAGGAAACGUCCACCUGUGAUAUUUGCCAGUUUGGGGCUGAGUGUGAUGUCGACGCAGAGGAUGUUUGGUGUGUUUGCAACAUCGACUGUUCCCACAUCAGCUUCAACCCGGUGUGUGCCUCAGACGGUCGUUCCUAUGACAACCCCUGCCAGGUGAAGGAGGCGUCCUGUCAGAAGCAGGAACGCAUCGAGGUCAAGUACCUGGGCCACUGUCAAGGCGACAUCAUAACUGGGAACAAAGGCGGAGAUGGCCACUUUGCACGGACCGACCUCACAGAGGAAAAAGAGGAUCAGAGGAACGGGCUGGCCCGCGGCUUGUACAUCCCCUGUCCAGAUCACUACAAAAACUACUGCGUCCACGGAGAGUGUCAGUUCCCCAGUAUCCUGGCCCAGCCCUCCUGCAGCUGUCACUCGGGUUUCAGAGGCCCCCAGUGUGACAUCAAAGAGUACAACGUGCUCUAUGUGGUGCCAGGCUCUGGCAAACUGCACUAUGUCCUCAUCGCCUCUAUCAUUGGAGCGCUCCAGGUGGUCAUCAUCUGUGUGGUGGUGCUCUGCAUUACCAGGAAGUGCCCACGGACCAAUAGGAUCAACCGGCAGAAGCAGAACAAUGUCCACUUCAGUUCAGAGAACACCAUGCGCGCCUCCACUCGACUUAUCUGAGCCCAGACACACCGGACAGAGUCCCCCUCCACUUUAUGGAGCACUGCGGCGUUACAUGUUCCCCCUUGUAGGCCAACCCCUGAAAAUUAGGAUCUGCUUCCCCUCACUCCUUGCCCUCUCUCCCAGUAUGAACUUUAAGAAUGUCCAGGGAGGAUGGUGGCAUAGCAAAGACAGAGCUGGCGUACCAGCCAGUGAUGAGGCCCACGGGUGGGGUAAUGUUGUCAUCAGUCUCCGCCGCCGCCAACCCCCGAGUUGCCCGAUGUGUCUCCUUGCUUGCACCUUGUCACUUCCGCCCAGGGUUUUUCUGAAAAACUGAACCACAAGGUGUUGGGUGGGGGGCGAUGAGGAUACUGAAUAUGAGUGUGUGUGUGUGUGAAUGUGUAUUAGAUGUGUGAGCUUUGGUAGAGGCAGGCUAGCCAGUGUCUGUCGUUUGUAGAUGAGGGGUUAAAGCAAAUCGGGGUAGUGCAAAAAGCAGGGUAACAGGCUUUAAAUGAGGUGUGUGUUGUUUGGUCUGGGAGGGGGGGUGGUGGGGUGGGAGGGGGAUUCGGGGCUACACGUGAUGCCUUGCACCUUGUGUUAUAGGAGACCUUUGACAGAGGGCACAAUGUUAUGAUAGAGCUCUCUGUUCGGUUGUGACGAUGACGUCAGCUUCUGUAUCUUGGGUUCUCUUUACAAUAGUUAUUACUACAUUGUCUUGAUGGGGUCAUUUUUCUGUAAAUGUAAAUAAAUAAUUUAUAUCACGAAAUGUAA